AUGGGGGGCAAGAUUCCAGCCAAGCAAGACGUAGGAGAACUUCUUUCAAUAGCCUUGGAAGAAAAUAAUCCCACAAUGGAAUAUCAAUUGGCAAAACAAAGACAAAGUGCUCAGCGUAAACAUGGAAAUCCAUUUAAACCUCAUUUAGAACGACAUGGCGUUCAUUUUCGUAGUCCCCCUAUGUGGCAUGGAGAGGAUUGUUCGUCAGCCACUGAAACCAAACCUUCGAGAGAGAAUGUUUCACCCAUUAUUUUCACUGCCCCAAGUAACGCGAACGAAGAAAAAGAGCAAUUGGCAAUUGUUCUAAGAGAGAGCCUUCGACAAACUUCCCGCCUAAUGGGAGAAUUGCAACAACAACGCUCUUCUAGUUCGUCCACUAUUACAACCAGUCAGAAUUUGCCCAUGACUCCGAACGACACACAUUUACCAAUGGAUGAUUCAGUCAUGCCAGUUAAUGUAAGUAAUGCAACACCAGUAAGUUUGAACACCUCUUCGGGGGAUGAAGAAGAGGCAGCAACAUUACUUCUUAACUUGCGCGGACUUUCACAUGAAUGA